UCGAGAACAAUUCGGUCUUCCGCUAGUCAAAGCGCGCGAACAUGCUCAAGACGAGGAGCCUACAGUCUGCCUGUUUAUCAUGUCGGUUGAAUCUUGCCCUCUCGCGGGCACGUAAUGCACGAUUACAAUCUCUGGCGCAGUCUGUACCUCGAUAUUUGCGUACGACCGCCCCAAAUCCUUCUAUGCAACGAAGAGGAAUUUUUACUACAACCGCGAGAAGGCAACUAGGACAGGAACCAACGACUGCCUCACCCGAGAUAUCAGCAGCGCCUGUCGAUCGAUUACAUGUCGAAGUCAAUGUGCGUAACGCGAGACAGAGAUUCGGCGAUGUACUACCAAGGGAACACCUGAGCGCGGAGGAAUAUGUUGUAUAUGAGAGGCUUUAUGGGACACCAGUAUUUGUGGAAAAUAUUGAGGACCUGCAGGAGCUGGAAGUUGAGGAGGAGGAGGUUAUCGAGCAGGAACAGCCCGAUGGAUCGACGGUUCUGCUGAGAAGAGGGGAAGACGGCGAGUUUGAAGAGAUCGAAGUCUUCGACGAGCCCGAGGCGGUCCAAGAGAGUGAAGAUGUCGAAGAGGGCAGGCAGUCGAUGACUCCAGAAGAGUGGGAGGAAUACAGAGACCGGAAGGCGCAAACGUACCACGAGGAGGUCUACGAGCAGAGUCUGAUACAACAGGAGGAGGCAGAAGCGUGGGACGAUAUGGAAGAUGCACAAGAGGACGACGAUUUCAUGCGCGCACAUCCUCUGACCGUCGCAGGUCGCUUCAGGCCCUCGCCCUCGACCAUCUACCUUCCGAAAGAGGCACUCGUCGACCCCACCACGCUCCUCCUUACCCGCGCAAACUACAAGCAUCUCGCUGAAUCCACAAACCGCAUCUUUGGGGGUCCCGGGCUUCCACUAUCUGCAAGCACUCUUCCCGCACGUCUGGGCAAGGAACAGAAGGCUAUUCCUCUAGACCCGUCACAGGGCGAUAUGGGCAACAUCGAGUCGGACGCAUACAUGGCUGCCGUGCAGCCAGGCACAUAUGCGAGCGUGAUGAGCGCCAUGGUCGAGGUUCGGCGACGUUUGGGAACACCGUGGAUUGAGCGCCUUCUGCAGAAGAAGAACGGUGGCAUGAUAUUGGACGCAGGAUCUGGCGGCGUCGGUGUGCUCGCCUGGCAUGAGAUGUUGCAGGCAGAGUGGCAGCGGAUGCACGAAGAAUCGGGCAAUACCUCACAAGAAGCAACACCGUUGGGUAAAGCGACCGUCUUGACUGCCUCGGACACGUUAAGACAUCGUGCGAGUCGUUUGCUCGAGAACACAACAUUUAUCCCUCGACUUCCAGAGAUGGUGACACCGGCAGACGAAGCUAGUUCACAACAGCCACGAAAAGUGUACGAUCUCGUUAUCGCACCACAUACGCUGUGGUCUCUGAGGCAACCAUACCUUCGCAAAGAACAAGUAGAAAAACUCUGGUCCCUCCUCAACCCUAAAGGUGGCGUCCUCAUCCUAAUCGAGAAAGGCCUGCCACGAGGCUUCGAAGUCAUAGCCGGAGCCCGUGAGCAUCUCCUCGACAAACAUAUUUCAUCUCCGCAUUCUAGAACCAUCGAAACGCCUCUCGAACAGCAAGUUUCAAAGCCGGAUCAAGACACUAGAUUCACAGAGAAGGAAACGGGCAUGAUUAUUGCUCCUUGUACAAAUCACAAACCAUGCCCUAUGUACCAGACCCCAGGUGUCAGCCAGGGGAGAAAGGAUUUCUGCUUCUUCAGCCAACGCUAUAUCCGUCCCCCUUACCUCCAACGUAUCCUCAACGCCAAAGACAAGAACCACGAGGACGUGCAAUUCAGCUACCUCGCUGUCCAACGCGGGCGUGAUCAACGCCUGCCCGAGCACGACCUCGUCGGCAAAGGCGUCACGCAAUCCGAAGACACAACCGCCGCCGCCUUCUCCGGGCAUGAAUGGAAACUCAUCUCCGACCCCGACGCAGCCGCAGACGCCGACGCCGAAGCCGAGCUAACCUCAACCGAGGACAUCAACCCCCUCCAACUCCCCCGCCUCAUCCUCCCCGCGCUAAAACGCCGCGGCCAUAUCAUCCUCGACGUCUGCACCCCCGCCGGCACCCUCGAGCGCUGGACCGUGCCCCGCUCCUUCAGCAAGCAAGCCUUCCGCGACGCGCGCAAAGCCCGCUGGGGCGACCUGUGGGCCCUCGGCGCAAAGACGCGUAUCCCGCGGAACGUGCGUCUUGGACGGCCGACGGACGAGUUCGACAAGAAAGGCAGGAAGGUCAAGAAGGCCAAGAAGGUUGUUGUUGAGGUGGGCGUUGGUGAGGAGGACGGCCAGGCUGUAGAGGAGAGUGUUGGGACAAGGAUGGUUCGCGGCGAUCGCGAUGGGCGGUAUAGUAUGGAUAGGAAGAUUCGUGGGAGCGGGGGGAGGAAGGGGAGGAGGAAGAAUUCUCCGUUAUUGGAUGGGUUGUGAGUGUUUGGAGUGGGGAGGUUGGUGUAUGAUAUCAUGUGUGUGUGUAUGAAUAGGCUAGUGCUGGGAAGCCUUGAUGACUUACGGUCUGAUGUAAUUGUAUGAAUAGUCGCACUCCCCUUGCUCAAUAGACUGGGAAAGUGUUUGGUGUUCACUUUCAACACCGGAGAAACAGCAAGUCAUAGUCUAGAUGUACUAUGAUGAUUUAUUAGAGUAUCU